UUUCACGACCAUCCUUCAACACGAUCAACACUUCAAGCCGCCAGAUGUCGAGAAACUCCAUACAUCAGAGCAACAAGCCUGUCGAGAAAAGCCAAAAAGAAAGGCCUUCUGAGGACAACCACCUUCUAGAGACUGGUAUUUUUCACGCCAUGCAUCGCUUAGAACUUUCUCCGGGUCAGCCCUAUGGAGAUAUUCACUCGACUUACGAUCUUACGACACAGAAGAAUAUGACUUUAAGUACUCUGAAGAUCGCCAACAUCACAAUGGCUUAUGAUGAUGCGGAUCUUUCUUGCUGGGCUGCCAACUCCAACUUGUCUACGCCGCUGGAGGUCAAAAUGCAGCUGGAAAUCUUCAGUCCGCCUUCAUCAGUGGAUUUGGUUGAUUUUCCUGAGGCCUUCACGUCAGGGGAACCUCAUCCUCUGAGUUGCCGUGUGUAUGGGUCGAGGCCACGCCCUAGACUGGAGUGGUCGCUUACCAAACCUGACAGCCCAGCCAUGAAGCUCAGCACUCAGGACUUGAACGAUCCGAAUUUCUGGUCUCCCUUGGAUGGCGGUGGCACCUCAAGUCGAGUGGCUUCGUCAACUGCAGUUCAAACACUGCAGUUGAGUUCAACUCCAAGCCACUCUACGAAGAUCGACAGGACGCUCUUAAGAAAACAGUCCUACAGUUCAGGGCAACUCAAAGUCGUGCUCGGUAAAGAGGAUCAUGGUGGCAAACUCUCGUGUGUCGCUUGGAACAACUUCUUCCCGAACUACAAAGUGAACGCCACUAAGACUAUUCACGUUAAUUAUGCUCCAGAAGUUGAAUUGGAAUUGGGAGUGAAAAUCGACCCUUCACAGGUGCGUGAAGGCACAGACUUGUACUUUACCUGCAAGGUGGACUCGCGGCCUCCAGCGGACCAGCUCUCCUGGACACACAAGAACCGUACGCUUAAGAACGACCCAGUGCUGGGUGUGCUGAUGUCUGGUGAGCAUUUGGUGCUGCAGUCCGUGACUCGGGACUGGAGCGGCACUUUUUCCUGUACAGCUGCCAACUCCGUCGCCUCCGUGGUCUCCAACACCAUCAACAUCAGCAUCUUAUAUGCUCCGGUGUGCUCGAUAAAAGUGAGACGCGUGCAUCAGGUUCAAUUGGGCGAGUACGUCAGUUUGUCGUGUAAGAUUGAAGCCCAGCCCAUCGACGUACAGUUCGAGUGGACGUUUGCUACCAACGUUUCAAAGCAAGAGCUGGUGUCGGAAGAGUGGGUUCGGUCAUCAGAACAGCAAUCACGACUCAGGUACCGGCCUGAGAAGCUUUAUGACUACGGAAUUAUUCGCUGCUUUGCCAUCAAUGCUAUCGGCAAGCAGAAACAACCGUGCGAAUAUUCCGUCGAGCCUGCCCCAGCUCCUGUUCCUCCGACGUUGAACUGCUCAGUGACGAACCAGUCUUGGCACAGCCUCAACGUUCACUGCGAACUUAAUCAAGAAAACUCGACUGCUGUCGAGCGCUCCAGACUGACGCUCGACAGUCAAGAAAUGAAGGAGCGCAAAGAACUCGAGGCUCUUUUAGAGGAGUGGGAGACUGGAGACGCUGCACCUCAGCACGCGCAGGGGGCUGCGGAGGCAGCCGGUGACGUCACAACUUUCUUUACUCUCACAGUUGAGAGCCUGAACUCUCAACAAGUCUUCUAUAAUGCCACCAAUAACAUCGGGACGUUCUCGGUGUCAGGUCUCACUGCGGGUGUCGACUAUUCUUUGACUAUCACCGCCAUGACACAUCUCGGCCCCACCGAACCUCUCACUUUGACGGCACUCACAUUACGGGCGGCAGAAAAUAGAAUAAAUUUAAACGACAAUAAGGGGAACAGCCACGAGUCCCAGUUUAUGGAUGGCACGACACUCAUGGCCAUUUCAAUUGGUUGCGCCUUGGCGAUAUUUUUGUGCCUCGUCCCUGGAGUCGCCUUAAUAGCCUACCGCAAAUCAAGACGUAGAGGCAACGACCAGAGAUCCAACUCCCAGAACACCGUCACGCACGAUCACCUCAAACUUAAAACGUCCGCUUCCGAGGCUCCUGAUCUAAUUACGGAAGAUGCAUCUUCAAGGGAUAAUUUACUGACCGUGGCAAAGCUGGGGCCCCGCACGCCUAAUGCAAAACGUCAGGACUUCCUCGGCUGCUCUGCGUCUGCAAAAGAUUCCCGCCUUGGGUUUUGCUCGGGGGCUGAACAACAUAAUUGCGGCCUCCAUCAAGCAGCUUCUCAGCCGCCAUCGUUGAUGCCAUCACAUCCUCUGAAAGCCUUGGGAGCCAGCGACGUUCCUGGGCUAACCAUUGGAAUUUAUAACCCUAUGGAAGCAAUUACCGAGAGAUGCUUGCCGGCAUCCAAUGCUGCUAUGAAUUACUCGGCGUAUGACAGAUCAUUUCUCGAGACUCGCAGGCAAAACGCCGUCCUAAACUACAGCGUGGAGUCCAACGCUACCGAAUAUCCCUCACGGCUAAAGCAUCCUGGUCUUGGGAAUAUCGGGGACCGUCCUUCUUCCAGUUCUCAGUAUAAUAUAAACCUUAUUAACAAUGAUGCUGAUCGAAUCGCCUCAGCUCCAUGUAAUCAGCUGCUAGGAUACUCUAAUAGAUUUUUUACGCUACCUCAUAAGACGUCGUCUAACCCAUCUAAUUUUACGAGCGGUACCUCCAGGCAGCUCCGUACGGUUACUGAGGCUUCCGAAACUGGAUCCAAAAUGUUCCUGGAAGCCACGUAUGCAGGCAGGUCGACAGAAUCUCUCUGCAGCCCUGGUUCUGAGUCCAGAGUUUGAUCUCAUCUCAAUGUGCUCCAUUAUUAACACCUAAAUGAACAGUAUAUUACUCGAUAAUUACUAUUAAAUACCUAGGAGGGAAUUUUUUUCAUAUUUUAAAUGAUUGAUAUUGACGUUAUUUGCAGAAUUGUUCGCCUUCUUCUAUUGAUUACAUUUCAUAUUGUGGAUGGAAAUAGACUUCUCCAUUAAAUUUGAAAAAAUAAUCUAGUUAGAGUUUAUUGAAAGUUAAAAACGUUAAUAUAAAAGACCAAAGACUAAAUCCUACAUAGUCUGUUCGUGCUCAAUUUCUUUCUAAGUCCCAUUCAUGAGCUCGUCUUCAAUUCGAACGUCCGACCCUAGUACAUAAUAUUAUCCCUUGAAAGCUUCCUAUGUGUCGUAAGGAUUCAUGUGAAAUUUAGUUAUUUCAGGUCCGAGUCUGUUGAAAUGUUACCAGUAUUGAAAAAUUUUAAACUCAAUAAACUAUAUAAUGAAAUUAAUCCAUAAGUGUAUGGAUCCACCUAGUAAGUGAAUGUUGUUAUUUUUCGUUAAUGAAAUUGAAAAUAUUAUCUGAC